AUGGCGGUGAGGCGGCGGCAGAGGCGCGGGCCGGGCGGCGGGCGAGCGCUGCUGGCCGCGGUGCUGCUGUGCGUGUGGGGCCGGGCGGCGGCCGAGCGGCUCCGCUACGCCAUCCCCGAGGAGCUGGGCAGAGGCUCGCUCGUGGGGCCGCUGGCGCGGGACCUGGGGCUCAGCGCGGACGAGCUGCCGGCGCGCAAGCUGCAGGUGGCGUCUGCCGGCAAAAAGCAGCUGCAAUACUUCACGGUGAGUGAGGAGAACGGGAACCUGUACGUGAACGAGAGGCUGGACCGGGAGGAGAUGUGCGGCGAGUCGGCGACCUGCUCCGUCAGCUUUGAGGUGCUGGUGCACAACCCGCUGAACAUUUUCCACGUUGAAGUGGUGAUCGCGGAUGUUAAUGACAACACGCCACGCUUCCUUCAAGACAGUUUCCAACUGGAGAUCAACGAGUUGACUUCUCCCGGUGCCCGGUUUUACUUGGGUAUGGCAGAGGAUCCGGACACGGGUAGUAACUCACUACAAGGCUAUGAGCUGGAGCCUAAUGGGUAUUUCACGGUGGAGGUGAAAGAGAGCCAAGACGGCAGCAAAUCUGCAGAGCUGGUGCUGCGCCGCUCACUAGACCGGGAGAGUGAGCCGAGCCUGCGGCUGCUGCUGACAGCACUGGAUGGGGGAGACCCACCUCGGACUGGCACCGCCGAGCUCUGGAUCAACGUCACCGACGCCAAUGACAACCCACCCGUGUUCGCGCAGGACCGGUACCGUGUGAGCCUGCGUGAGGACACGCCUCCGGGAUCGAUAGUGGUGAACAUCUCUGCCUCUGAUGCCGACGCCGGCACCAACGCACACAUUACUUAUGGUUUCGGGAAAAUGCCCACUAAAGUGCUUCAGAAGUUCGUAGUAGAUGCCCAGAGAGGAACGAUCACCCUGCAGGAAGCUCUGGACUUUGAGGACACGCGCAUGUUCAGCCUGACUGCGGAGGCGACGGAUGGCGGCGGUUUGGUGGCACACUCCAAGGUGGAGGUGGAGGUGCUUGAUGUAAAUGAUAACCGACCUGAGAUCACAAUUCUGUCGCUCUCGAGCCCGGUGCCUGAAGACGCUCCGGUGGGCACCGUGGUAGCUCUCUUGAACGUAAAUGACCUGGACUCGGGCGAGAACGGCCAGGUGUCGUGUGAGCUGUCAGGAGAGGCGCCGCUGUCGAUCGUGGCGUCCUCGGGCGGCUCGUACAAGGUGGUGACGGCGGGUGCGCUGGACCGAGAGCAGGCGUCCGAGCACCGCGUGACGGUGGUGGCCCGGGACCGGGGCAGGCCGCAGCUGCUGCCGGCGGACAGCGGCGCCCUGCGCGGCGUGCCCGUGUCGCACUUCGUGGGCAUCGACGGCGUGCGCGCCUUCCUCCAGUCCUACUCGCACGAGGUGUCGCUCACGGCCGACUCGCGCAAGAGCCAGCUGCGCUUCUCGGCCGGCAGCUGCUGCGACACCCUCCCGGCCCGGCCGCCGCCCGACGAGCCCGCGCCGCUGCUCGGGGACCACGAUCCUGCCGGCGCUCGUCCCGUGGAUUCCGCCUCUGUCCCGGAGCUUCAGCGCUGUCUGUCGGCGGUGGCGGCGGAACCCGGGCCCGGUGCCGCCGCCGAGCCCCGCCCAAGCCGGGCCCCCUUGAGCGCGGCCGUCCGGCGGCUGCAGUGGCGCGGCGGCGCCUCCGGGUGCCGCUGUUGGCCGCCGCCGAGCGGCGCUGGAGCCGCCGCCGCCGCCGCCGCAGCGUCCUGCCCCCGCAGGCUGCUCGCUCGCCCGGCGCCGCGGCUCCGCUACGCCAUCCCCGAGGAGCUGGGCAGAGGCUCGCUCGUGGGGCCGCUGGCGCGGGACCUGGGGCUCAGCGCGGACGAGCUGCCGGCGCGCAAGCUGCAGGUGGCGUCUGCCGGCAAGAAGCAGCUGCAAUACUUCACGGUGAGUGAGGAGAACGGGAACCUGUACGUGAACGAGAGGCUGGACCGGGAGGAGAUGUGCGGAGAAUCGGCGACCUGCUCCGUCAGCUUCGAGGUGCUGGUGCACAACCCGCUGAACGUAUUCCACAUUGAGGUGGCCAUUGAGGACGUGAAUGACAACACCCCAGUUUUUAGCAACGCUGCUCUGGAGCUCGAGAUUGGUGAAUGGACCCUUUCCGGUGCUCGUUUUCCUUUGGAAAUGGCACGAGAUGCAGACCUAGGAAGCAACUCCCUGCUGACUUACCAACUCACGAGCGACCCGUCCUUCUCACUGUCAGUGAAAGACAAGCCGGGUGGAAAGAAGCAGCCGGAAUUAGUACUGGAGAGAGCUUUGGACAGGGAGAAGCAGAGUUCUUUUGAGCUGGUGCUGACAGCAGUGGACGGUGGGGAACCUGUGAGAUCCGGGACUGUCCUGGUUCGCAUCAAUGUGACAGACGCAAAUGACAACCCACCUGUGUUCAGCAAAAGCGUAUAUGAGGAACGCGUGGCAGAGAAUUUGCCAGUGGGAUCAUCAGUGUUGCGGGUGCGAGCCACGGAUGUGGACUUGGGCGCAAAUGGGCGAGUUUCCUACUCCUUCAGCAACGUCCCAGACGAGGUGCUCUCAUUGUUCGCUAUUGAGAGUGAGAGUGGAGAGAUCAAAACUGUGGGUCCUCUCGAUUUCGAGGAGAAAAAAAAAUACGUUUUUGGCUUGGAGGCGAUGGAUGGUGGCGGGCUCACCGAUCACUGUGAAGUGCAGAUCGAUAUCACGGACGAGAAUGACAACACGCCCGAAAUCACGAUUCUUUCACUGUCGAGCCCAGUGCCUGAGGACGCUCUGGUGGGCACCGUGGUGGCCGUGUUGAACGUGAACGACCCGGACUCCGGCGAGAAUGGUCAGGUGUCGUGCGAGCUGUCGGGAGAGGCGCCGCUGUCGAUCGUGGCGUCGUCGGGCGGCUCGUACAAGGUGGUGACGGCCGGCGCGCUGGACCGAGAGCAGGCGUCCGAGCACCGCGUGACGGUGGUGGCCCGGGACCGGGGCAGGCCGGCGCUGUGGAGCAGCGCGGAGCUGGUGCUGGAGGUGUCGGACGUGAACGACAACGCGCCGCGCUUCUCGGUGGCCGGCGCCGCCUUCCCGGCCGACUUCUGCGAGGGCACCUUGCCCUACUCCUACAACCUGUGCGUGGCGGCGCCGGCCCGCGCCGUGCCCGAGGCCGCUUGGCCGCCGCCGCCGGUGCCCGUCCUGUCGGCGGAGGAGCUUCUGAGCGGGGAGCCCUUGGAGAAGCACAUCUCGAGUAGAAACACCGCCGAGGGAGAAAUGCCUCUCAAUCCGGACGCACCACAGCUCUGUAAAAGUAUACAGUCGGCACAGAGUGAUGAAGUAACCUACAGCUGUAUACCAGAGACGGUUUUCUUUCGCUGCCCUUGCGCCGGUCAUUCCAUCAUGUUUUCUACAAAUAUUUGUGAUGAAAGUUCUGCUUUUGUACUACUGCGUGCCGGGAGGAGGCUGCGGGCGCCGCUGCUGACCGAGAGGAGCGAGAGGAGCUCGGAGCGCCGCAGCCCCGCCCGCUGCGGCCCGGCUCGCUCGCUCUCCCGGUGUGUGAGUCGGCGGCGGAACAGUCUGCGGUCGUUCCCGCGGUGCGGAGACGUGCUGAAGGGAGUCGGAAGAGCCUGGCAGAAGCGCUCGGGAGCGAAGCGCCGGAGCUGCACCGUGAAGCCAGAUCGGUGA